AUGACGACCUACUUAUAUGAAUUACCGACUACCGGUGCUAUAUCUUUCAGCGAUUUCUGUGUUGAUAAAACGGCGUCCUAUGCCAUGAAUAUUUCCGAUGCAACUCAGGCUCGGGCCAACCUUCGCGCUGCUUUGAAGGAAAGCAAACGUGCUGAAGGAGAGAAGGACUUCCUCCGACUCGUCGUUGAUGAAUAUCUGCCUCAUUUGUACGGCAUCAAAGCCUGCUUCGAUGCAGAAGAGAUUGUCCUGUCAUCUGAGCCUGUAUUCAGCUGGAGAUCGACUCUCUCAGCGAAUUUGUUCAACUCCUCCCCUCGUCAAUCCGUGCCUUCCUUACAUGCCGAUCUCGCGUUCACCUUAUUAACAUACGCAUUUGUGCUAUCCAACCUUGCACGUUCAACUGUUACUUCUCUUGGGAAUUACGAGUUUGAACGAACCAUAUCUGAGAUGGAGCGGAAAACAAAGGAUGAGAAACUUAACUUUGCGGUGACACUCCUAUGUCGAGCGAAUGGAGUCUUCAAAUAUCUGAGCGAGACGGUGCUUCCUGAAUGGGAUAAGGAUGAAUCGUCGCUUCAGAAUAGACCACCCGAUGCCACCCAACAGGUUACUAACGCCCUGGCAAAGAUGUCUUUGGCCGACGCACAGCAACUCGCAAUCAGGAAGCUCCUCUCAAAGUCCGCAUUCGAUAGCACGCUCUCACCAGGUCCACCCCUUCCGAAGUCGCACCCGUCUCCCUCGCUCAUUGCCAAGCUCUUCCUUGAAUGCUCUACCUUAUACGCCUCUGCUCGUGCGCUUGCCAAGACUCCGGGCCGCGAGGGUGACGAGGUGGCACCAGGAUUGCGCCAUUAUCUAGCUGAUGCAGCAUCACUCUGUAGCGCACUUGCACACAAAUGGCUGGGAGUUGACGCGGGUGAAAACGGUGGUGCUUCCCGUGGAGGUGUAGCAGUAGCAUUCCUGGGUUGGGCGAAGACUGAGCUGGAAGAACUCCGUGACGGCCGACGAAAACUCGGUGGUGUUAGCCUCGACAAAGACAAGCGCGAAAUCCGUGGGCGAAUGAAGGACCGUGUCACAGACGAACUGGACAGUGUUGUAGUAUUCUGGAAACACUACAAGAAAAUGAAUGAUUCGCUGCACUUCCAACCCGUUCCACCUACCUCAGAGUUACAGUCACUCAUCCCAGCUGGUAGGGCGGCCGUGGCAUCGAAGCCCUUCGUGCCCCCAGUCUCGGCAUUCGGACCCCGGUCUGUCGAGUACGUACGACACCAGGCAGAAUUACUAGAACUUAGUUCCGAGAAUGCCAGUACUGUAGAGCGGGACCAAACCUCGCCGGAUCAAACAUCUAUUGGAUCAAAGUCUCCUUCCUAUGCCGGAGCUGGUUCUUAUUUUUAG